AUGAAUGUGAGGAAAGCAAUAAUAGAGCCGACAGGUCGGAAACCUGCAAGAUUUUUGCAUGUUUCUUUUAAUCAGGACGAUUCUUGUUUUAGCGCAGCUACUGAGUCAGGGUUCUUAAUUUACAACACGGAUCCAUUGGCCUGCAAGCUUGUCAAACAAUUUCACGAAGAUGUGAGAGCCGGGAAAAGUGAGGUCGGUGUAGGAAUCGGCUAUACUCGAAUGUUAUAUCGUACAAACUAUACCGCUCUUGUUGGGGGUGGCAAAAGACCUAGAUAUCCUCUUAACAAGCUCAUCAUCUGGGAUGAUUUACAACAGAGGGAAUGUGUUAUUUUGAAGUUUAUGUCACCAAUAAGGCAUGUUUUCUUAUCAAGAAUGCAUAUAAUUGUCGUAUUGGAAAACAGCAUUGAAGUGUUCCAAUUUCAGCCAACACCAAAGAGAAUAUGCCCAUCUCUGGACAUAUCACAAAACGGACCUGUCGAUUUUGUUGUGUCACAAACAAAAAUGAGACGUGAAUCUCAGAACAAUGGCAACAGCAAUCCAGAGACCAUUCUGAACAAUAACAACAACGGCAAUGCAGGCACUCAGGUGGGAAAUAUUAAUGGCAUACUAGCUUUCCCAUCCGCAAGAAGUGUUGGUCAAGUUCAUAUAGCAGAUUUGACACGUUUGAAGUACAAUGACCAAAAUCCUGAUGGAACGCAAUUAUUGCCUACAUCAAUCAUAAAGGCCCAUAAAACUCAAAUUAGGAUGUUAAAGUUGAAUCAUCAAGGAACAAUGGUUGCUACAUGCUCUAUUCAAGGAACACUUAUUCGAAUUUUUAGUACACACAACGGUUCCCUUAUAAAAGAGUUGAGGAGGGGGUUGGAUAGAGCUGACAUAUACGAAAUGUCCUUCAGUCCCAAAGGAAGCAAACUUGCAGUUGUUUCUGAUAAGCAGACGCUACACAUUUUUCAAAUAACGUCUGGAAAGGAUAACCAUGGAAGUCAUGGUGGCAGUAAUGAAGAAAGGCCACAAAACAAACAUCAUGCUCUGAAGAAUAUUGUACCUAGCGGCUGGAAGCCGAAAUAUCUGGAUAGUGUUUGGUCAAUGUGCAGUAUCCAUCUGAAGAAUCCAAUGCUAAGAAAUAGUGAUAUGGAUACCCAUUUUCAGAAGGAUAGAUGUAGGAUUGGCUGGUGCCGAGACAAUAACUCUGAAAAUGGAAACGAUUUGGAGGACGAGGACAGCAUUGUUCUUGUAUGGAGACAAACUGGAGUAUGGGAAAAGUAUGUCAUUUUGGAGAAGGAGCAAGACUCGCAAAAAGUAUACUCUGCACAGGAAACUUUGCGAAAUGAAUCAACCAACAAUAGAGGGACACAAUGGGAGCUCACAAGAGAAUCAUGGAGAGAACUUUAG